CCAACAAGAAAGAGAGGUGAGAAGAAAGGAGAAUCCAAUAAGAUCUCUUUACUAUGGCGUCCAACAACAUCAACACAACCAAGGCCACAGAUGUUAGAGAUGCGGAAGGAAACCUACAAGAGAGAAUAAUUGAAACGGUGGAUUACCGGACAUCACCCGGACAGGGUGGGCAACAAGAACAAUUGAGGAGAGAGAAUGUGCAGGUGGUUCACCAGCCUCAUUGGGGUGGUGAUUCAGGCGCCGGCAGCAUGUUGUCUGGUGCUUAUGCUGCCGUUGUAAAUACCAUUCAGUCCGCCAAGGAAUCCAUCUCCGGCAACACUAACACCAACACCACCAAUGAUAGCAAAUGAU